CUCCACUUCCCAGAAGCCCCCGGGCGCCCACGCAGCCGCAGUCUCGCGCAGGCGCCCCGGGCCAAACGGACACGGCCGUCACGUGGACGGCGGCGGCCAAUCGGGUUCGAGCCUCGCCUUCCCCCUCGCCCCCUCAGGAGCGGUUGUGCGGGCAGAUCGAUCUAAGAUGGCGACCGUGGAACCGGAAACCACCCCUACUCCUAAUCCCCCACCUACAGAAGAAGAAAAAACAGAAUCUAAUCAGGAGGUUGCUAAUCCAGAACACUAUAUAAAACAUCCUUUACAGAACAGAUGGGCACUGUGGUUUUUUAAGAAUGAUAAAAGCAAAACUUGGCAAGCAAACCUUCGGCUGAUCUCUAAGUUUGAUACUGUUGAAGACUUCUGGGCUCUGUACAACCAUAUCCAGUUGUCUAGUAAUUUAAUGCCUGGCUGUGACUACUCACUUUUUAAGGAUGGUAUUGAGCCCAUGUGGGAAGAUGAGAAGAACAAGCGUGGAGGACGAUGGCUGAUCACAUUGAACAAGCAGCAGAGACGAAGUGACCUCGAUCGCUUUUGGCUAGAGACACUGCUGUGCCUUAUUGGAGAAUCUUUUGAUGACUACAGUGAUGAUGUGUGUGGAGCAGUUGUUAACGUUAGAACUAAAGGGGAUAAGAUAGCGAUAUGGACUACUGAAUGUGAGAACCGGGAAGCUGUCACACACAUAGGGAGGGUAUACAAGGAAAGGUUAGGACUUCCUCCAAAGAUAGUGAUUGGUUAUCAGUCCCAUGCAGACACAGCUACUAAGAGCGGCUCGACCACUAAAAAUAGGUUUGUUGUUUAAGAAGAGACCUUCUGAAUAUUCUCAUAGGAGACUGCGUCAAGCAAUCGAGAUUUGGGAGCUGAACCAAAGCCUCUUCAAAAGCAGAGUGGACUGCACUUAAAUUUGAUUUCCAUCUAAAUGUUGCUAAGAUAUAAGAGAAGUCUCAUUCGCCUUUGUCUUGUACUUCUGUGUUCAUAUUUUUUUUUUUAAUUUUGGCUAGAAUGUCCACUAUCCCAAUCAAAGAAUUACAGUACAUAUGGUCCCCAGAAUCCAUAAAUGUGUUCCAGGCCCACUCUGUCAUAUAGCAUAGUAGAAUUACCAUUGCAAACACCGUUUACCUAUCCACAAUAUUGAAAAAGAACUUGCAUUUCUACACCUUACAGGAAGAUAAUUCUGUUUAUGUUCCAUUGUAUGCAGGAGCAUAUUUUACUGGUUUGAAAGCGUAUAAUGCAUAGUUUUCUAGCAAUUUUCUUUGUUUCUUUUUACAGCAUCGUCUGUGCUGUAGUCUUGCUGAUGGCUGCUAGAUUUUAAUUUAUUUGUUUCCCUACUUGAUAACAUUAGUGAUUCUGAUUUCAGAUUUUUCAUUUGUUUUGCUUUUUGUUUUUUUUCCCUCAAUGUAACUGGUGAAGGAUCCAGGAAUAUGAAACAAAGGUGGAAUAAACAUUAAUUUUGUGC